ACAACGCAAUUAAAUGAAACUGAACGGCUGAUUGGGGAGCUGAAAGCCUAUUAUUUCAUCAACAAAAAGAAAAUAAAAAAUCGAACGGCGAUAAUCUCUGGCGAUGGUUCGACCGACGGCGAUAGGCACCACGAACAGAUCGUCAUCAGCGAUGUCCUCCAUGACAACCACCGUGACGAUCGAGAACACCUCGGGCGCGUCCUCCUCGUCGUCGCAGCCUCAAGAAGCCCUCGUCCUCGAACUCCGCCCUAGGAAGAAGAAAGUUACGUGGAAAGAAGGCACCGUGGACAACGAAUUCAUGAACAAGAAGAGUUCCAAGAUCUGUUGUAUUUACCAUAAAGAAAAGCCCUUCGACGAAGACGACAGUGAUGACGACGGACAUGAUCAUCAUCAUCACCAUCAUCCGUCCAACGGACAUGAUUCCUCCAAGGAUGGCUGCAGGCCCAGCAGCAGCUCCAGCUCCAGCUCCAGCGCCUGAUUCUGUUUCCAAUCUGUUUCUCUAAAACUUUGUUUUGGAUGCACCGAACCGACUUUCAUGAAAUUCUAUAGUAUUGAUUUCAUGUAAUUUGUUUGGACCUUUAUAUCGAUUUGGUUUUUGGAUGCAAUGAACAAACGUUUAUAUC